CAUGGUUAAUGUCAGACAAGGAGGUGCCACUUGCCAUAAUAAGAUCAUUUGACAAAACAGAGGCACGUGAACUGGGGCAAAAAUAGAAUUGAACAUUAUCCAGAACAUGAAGCAAGCAGAUAUUUGGGCAAACAAGCAAAGCCCAGAAAAGAAAACAGGACCAAUAUCAUAACUGACCCUAUGGAUAUGGUAACAGCUACAGACACCACCAACAAUGGCACCUGUACCAACCUGUAUGACCAUCGCAGUUGGGCACACAUUUUUUUGCCUGUGGUGUACUCUCUGAUAUGUAUUGUUGGAUUUCUGGGCAAUGCCUUGGCUUUGCAUGUCAUCUGGCCUAACCUAAAAAAAAUUAACUCCACCACUCUCUACUCUGCCAACCUGGUGGUGUCAGACAUCAUGUUUUCACUUGCUUUGCCUUUGCGUGUGGUUUACUAUGCGAAAGGAUUCCACUGGCCGUUGGGUGAAGGCUUAUGUAAGGCCACAGCACUGCUGUUUUACAUCAACAUGUAUGCCGGCGUCAACUUCAUGACCUGCUUAAGUGUGGACCGUUUCAUUGCUGUGGUACUACCGUUGCGCUUCUCGCGGUUCCGGAAAGUUCAGAACGUGCGGUACAUUUGUGCGGCCGUAUGGGCAUUGGUGCUGAUGCAGACCCUGCCUUUGCUGUCUAUGCCCAUGACGAACACGGAGCAAAGUGAUCACAUUACAUGCAUGGAGUAUCCCAACUUUGAGAAAAUUGAUAACUUGCCCGUCAUGCUCAUUGGUGCUGUGUUUCUCGGCUUCGGCCUUCCCAUGAUCACCAUACUGGUGUGCUAUUCCGCACUUUGCUCCAAACUCCGCCUGCUUGCCAAGUCCAAUAAACUGACGGAGAAGUCGGGUCGAAGUCGCAAAGUUAUCGGUGUGAUUUGUGCCGUCAUUCUCGUGUUUGUGGUUUGCUACAGCCCAUAUCACAUUGACCUUCUGCAGUACAUGAUCAGGAAGCUGCAGUACAAGCCAGAUUGUUCAGAACUGCACAACUUUCAAAUCUCCCUUCACAUCACCGUCUGCCUCAUGAACCUCAACUCGUGCCUUGACCCCUUUAUAUACUUUUUCGCCUGCAAGGGCUAUAAGAAGAGGAUACUCAAGCUGCUCAAGAAGCAAGUGAGCAUGUCCUUCUCAAGUGUGGUCAGGACCUCCCCUGAGGAAUCCUCCAAAGAUGUGUUUGCAAACAACAAAAUACAAAUGAGCACCAGAAGCUACCAGAAAGAGAGAAGCAGCAUGCUACUGAGUGAAUAAGAGCAGCGAUACUUUUGAACCACCUCUGUUUAUGUAAAAUGCAUUGCAAAGAAAUGCAGUUGGAUGACUGUAUGAGAUGUUCUAAAAACAUUAGAGCAUAUUUCUUACCUCUGGAUUAUUUUAUAAACUUUAAAACUGUAGGAGUUUAGACCAUGGUUUAACAUUGUUUUCCUGUUCAAAGAUUAUUAGACAUUGUGUCAUUGUUUUACAUAGCUCGUUUGUUGUACAGAAUUUAGUUUGGUGUUUUUAAUUGCUCUUUUGAAUAAUAAAGAAAAUGAAAAAAAGCUGCAAAAAUACAUAGUGACACAUGGCUCUUAAAAUAGUUUUGAAAUACCACGAAACAGUAGCCUACAGCGCUACUGUAAGGUCUAUGGUUCCUUAGGCAGCUCCAGGAGUGCUUCAGCAUGUUAAACUUGAUGACAGGGUUGGGACGUAACAAAAUACAUGUUACAGGAUUACAUAUUUAAAAUACAAAAUAUGAGUAACUGUAUUCCACUACAGUUACAAUUUAAAUUGUUGGUAAUCAGAAUAUAGUUACAUUCAAAAAGGAUUUUGAUUACUGAAGAGAUUACUUUGCAUUUUAUUGUAAUAUGUUUUUAUUAAAUAUUUAGUCUGUUCAGUUGGAAAACAUUUAUCCAUAUACAUAUGCGAUCCGAGGAGCUUUUGAACAGUGUUGAAGAAUGUCUUAUGAUUUGUUUCAUUCAUACGAGCUCUUUCACGCUGUUGUAAGUGUAAAGGCGAAUAUGAUGUAAUUGAGGAACUUUCCCUUGGGAGCUUAAUAGAGGAGCUACAUAAUGUUUCUACAGCUUAACAAAAACAGUUAGAAACGCUAUGACAGAUGAAACAUAAAUCCAUUAAAUACACAAUUGCAUGCCUUGUCAAAGUUUUUUUAUGUGGUUAGGGUAUUUUUUACAAAAAUGCUAACCAAUGUAGCCUUUAACAUUGUAUAGAAAGCUAUAAAUAAUAUAUGUUCUGCCUCAUUCUAUGAACAGAAUCCACAUAUGAUCAGAAAAGGAUAUCAUUGUGUAUACUCUGUGGGGUUUUGAAGUUUGGAACUGCAAAAAUAGUUAACCUUGUGUAAAUUGUCAUGUGAACAUUUAGCUUUAUGCUAAAUUUAAAUGCUAUUUCUUGCCUUUACAUGCAACUGUUGCCAGGCGCAAUUUUAUUUUAUAAUGAAUUCUAUGGGAAAAAAAUUACGUUAGAGUAUAACUUUUUUUCUCUAAUAAGCCCUUUGAUAUUAGGGCAAAUACAGGUAUGUACGGCAAAAAUUGUAUUCUUAGUGAGAAUGUAAAUAAUGUUUUCCUGUAAAAAAAAUAAAUCCUUAAAAAAGAAAAAAUUACUUGAGUAGCAAAAUGGCAUAAGUUAUUUAGGCUUUUUUCAGAGAAUGCGUUUUCACAGUGAAGUGUAUUUUCUUACUUUAUUUAGUAGUUUAUAGUAAAAACAAGUGAAAAAAAUCGACCAGUGCUGAAAAAGUAAUCCAAAGUAUUUAGAUUACGUUAUUGACCUUGAGUAAUCUAAUGGAAUACGUUACAAAUAACAUUUUAUUGCAUGUAUUCUGUAAUCUGUAGUGGAAUACAUUAUAAAAGGAACCUUCUCAACCCUGCUUGAUGAUCAUGGUUUGUAAUAACUAUAUUAUCAUCUAUUUGAAUAGUUCCCCAAUCCUGAACAACUCGGUACCAUGCAAAUAAUCACAUGAAUUUCCAAGGCCAAACAAGACAUUCCUGACCAAAUUGUGUAAAAAGCAGCUAUACAAUUUAUAAUUAGCAGUACCUCGUCCAGAAAAAGAUAAGCAAAAGUUAACCAUUGAAAUAAAAGGCAAGUGUCCAGUUCCUGGCCACUAGCCCAAUUGUAAAUUUAACCACUGUCUCCCAUUUAAAAGAAAAACACAAGGUCUGAAAUCAAACAUCCAGUUUCUGUGGCUCUUAGGAAACGAAUAAUCUUUCUGCAACAACUAAGCAGACAUGACUGAGAGCAUCUAGUGGCCAACAGAGGAAAAUACAUGCAGUAGGAUGUGAUAAAUUUGUACCAAUUUUGCCAACUUUUUUCAAUUUGGGGGGGGGGAACUACUCAUUUAAUUUUAAGUAGUCUAAUUCUGGAGAAAAACUGUACACACAAUUCACUCAGUGGUCCAAUAUUUUUUCUAGUUUUGACCAAGACCUUGGAGUGGGGCAAGUUUUGAAUUCAGUGCAAUUGCAACAAACAACCAGAAGAGGGAGAAAUAACACAACGGAAGAAAUGUGAAAACAAACUACAACAGAUGUCUUUUUCCUUGUGAAAUGCGUGUAUUAAUUUGACUUUUUGGCGUGUAAUCAGUUCAUGAUGGAAAACAAGAAAGUGCUAAAGUAUAGGCAAGCAGAUAUACAAUAUAUUAAUAAUUUUUAUAAACGUGCCUCUUCAAAACAUAAGUGAAGAUUGACAUCAUCUUAUAGUAAAUGUGUUGUAACCUGACUGUUAAGUGUCUGUGCUGGUUUGUUGGCUCAGUAAUUCACAGGAAGUGUUACAAAGGAAUGGAAGAUUAUUCAAAUUAAAAUGCUUGCCAUUGUGCCCUUCAGGGAGGCACUUAAACAUGUGGAAAUUGUUUAGUGCAUUGCAUGUCAUUUUGUCUGUUUCUGGACUGUAUAAGUAGUUUGUAAACUGACCAAAUAGGUACUCUUUAGCAGGUGAAAGACUGGACAAAAACAGGAAAAGUUCUAAAAACCAAUAUAGGGUGCCUUGACCAAGACACCAGAGAAGCAGAACAGCAGAUGCAGGGGAAGUUGUGGUUAGCUGAACUUUGUAAAAACAGGCAGAAUCUGCUCUUGGUCCAAGCCUACUUGAACACAACCUUUUAGUAAGAGAAAAAGUGAGUUGUUAACAUUUAUGUUUUUAUAAUAAAAAUAAAUAAAUAAUAAUAAAAAAAAAAAUCCCAAAGUGAUUGACUGAAAGAACUUCUUUGGGUAUUUCAUUUGUUGCCUGACUAGAAAUUCUACAAUAUUGCUUGCUGAUGUAUGUAGUCUUAACCUUCAAAUUCCACCAUUUAAUGUCUUUUAAGUUAUAUAGCAUAUUUCACAUAAGCCAAGCUACAAAUGGUAAAAUACAAAUAAAAAUUCUGUCUUUGUUUUCAGUUAGCUUACGAUUAACAUGCUUACCUAGCAUACCCUACUCGAGUUACUACACAUAAUCAUAUUAAACCAUUGUAGAAUGCUGUGAUAAUACCAUGUUUACUCUUUGAAUCCUAUAAUGAUGUUCAGUUGUCAAAGGGCAUAUAUUUAUUAUUAGGCCGAUUACUAUGUAUUAGUUAACAGAAACAUAUAUUGAAAGUAAUAAUCAAUGUAAUGUAAUAUCAACAGUCAAAAUAUGUGACAUAUAAUAUUUUAUAUUAUAGUACCUGCACUUAAGUACUAUUAACCUUUUCAUGAUUAGGGUAUAAAUGUAUUAUUUUUGCAUGUGACACUGUAGAUGAGGGCAGAAUGUAGAGGAGUGUUAUUUAUUUAUUUAUUGUAUUUUUUAUUUCUUGUCAUACAAAAGUUAAAAUUAAAUACUGUAUAUAAUAUAGUAAACGUGAAAUGGGUUAUGUCUGCUGUACUGUAUUUGUUUUAUUUAUUUUGUUUUUAUAGCUGUAAAAAACAAAUGAACAAAUAAUGUCAGCAGUCCAGUUUGCCUAUAUGCACUGUUUGACUUCUCAGACGUGUGUGUGUGGGCGGGUUUGGAUGGUUUACGCAGACUUUUUUUAGGUUACAAACUGGUAAUUACAAGGGUAUUAUGCUAUAAAUGUGGUUUAUGAGGACAUUUCUAGUGUCCCCAUAAUUCAAAUUGCUUAAAAACACAUACUAAACAAUGUUUAUUUGAAAAUGUAAAAAUGCAGAAAGUUUUUUGUGAGGGUUAGGGAUAGAAUGUAUAGUUCGUACAGUAAUAAAAUCAUUAUGUCUAUGGAAAGUCCUCAUAAGGAUAGCUGCACCAACAAGUGUGUGUUUGUGUGUGUGUGUGUGUGUGUGUGUGUGUGUGUGUGUGUGUGUGUGUGUGAGACAAGCGCUAAUGUAAACAGACUUGGCUGCGUGCAUCGGAUAAUGACACACUCGAUCAGUAUGUUUUCACUGUGAGUAUACAAGUUUUAAACUGUUAUCAUGGUGCUUUUGUAAUAGUUUGGCUGUCUGUUUCAGAAAACAAACAUAUUUUAUGCCUUAAAAGACUGUUUGAGUUGCUGUUUGUGAGAAUGAAAACCACAUCUGCACCUAAUAAGUAGACGUGGCUGCGUACAUGAGAAGAUUGCAUUUAGAUAUGAUGACUGUGCAUAUACAAACUGUGAACCGAUAUCGUGGUACUUUGGUGACAAUUAGGCUGUUUGUUACAUAAAAUAAACAUAUUAUGUGCUUGAAAAUACUCUUUGAGUAGCUGUUUGUUUGACGAAUGACAAUUACUAAUGUAAAUAAAUGGCAGCAUGCAUCAGAGGAAGAUCACGUUUGAUGGACUGUCUGUGCAUAUAAGAGCUGUAAACUUUUUAUCUUGGUACUUUGGUGAUGAGUUGGAUAAAAUAAACGUGUUCUGUGGUUUAAAAGACUGUAUGAGUAACUGUUUGAGCGAAUAUAAAUUACAGAAGCUUGACCAGCGCAGCCUGUGUCGGCGCGAAAGCCGAUUUGAAUCUGGCAGCUUGUAACCUAACUGGCUGUUGCAGAAAC